UGACGUCACUUUGAUAUUAUUUGCAUAUAUUUACAUGGUCGGCCAUAUUUUAUUGACAAGAGUAUUUAGAAAAACACAACGACUAUACUGUAGAUAGAUCUACUUAGGAAUUUGGCGUUCUUUGAUGACCUAGAGUCAGAAAAUGGAAACACUGGUUAUGCUUUCUUUGUGUGUAUUUGGAGCCGGGAUAGUUACGUCUACAUCGGAACCAAAUGCUUAUGCACCAGAGAUUUUAUCAGUGUACAAGAACAGCCGUGACAUACCAUUGUUUAGAGGUAAAGUACGUGAACACGAAACUGUUGUGCAUCUUGAACCAGGGUUAUUAGCAAGAGAUAAUGAUACAGUUGGAGCUUCUCGUCUAAUAUGCAGAUAUGAAAUUGUAUCAAAUCGAAAAAACAUACCAUUUGAGAUUGAAGUAAAGAAUAAAGAAACUGGAGAAGCACUUCUGAAAGUAAAAAAAGGGGCCGUGCUUAGCUAUGAAAAAAGGAAACAUUACAAAUUCAACAUAUUUGCCUAUGAUUGUGAAGACCCACCUUACAGUAAAAAAUCAAACAGAGGUGUGGUAACAGUAAAAGUUGAAGGUGUAGACAAGUUUGCCCCAGUGUUUGAUAAGACAACAUACUUUGUUGAAAUGGAAGAGGACAGGAUGUAUGACAGUAUCAUCAAAGUGACAGCACAUGAUGAUGAUAAUGAAUCUGAUAAUAAAGCUAUAUGCUCAUAUGAUAUACUUGAUGAUGAUGUUCCAUUUGUUAUUGAUAAUGAGGGCAAUUUGAAGAAUACAGAGAAGAUAAGCCAUAAGGAGAGGUAUAACUUUAUAGUGAAAGUGGUAGCUAGAGACUGUGCUGGUAUGGUUUCUGCUCCAGCAUUUAUCAACAUUGAUGUAAAAGAAAUCUGUAAGAAUGGCUGGACAGAUUUCCCAGAUCAUAUAGAAUACACACCCGGAUCAGGUCAUAAACAGCUAACUAAUAAUGCGCAUCUCCAAAUCUGUGACAGAAAAUGCGUACCAGACCAUAUCAGCACGCGACUUAACUUGCAGACAAAACAUAUUGGCAAAGGCUGUGACAGGGAUACAUACAGCAUUACAUCACAAAGGAAGCUCUGUGGAGCAAAUGAAGACAGUGUUGAUCUUUUACCUACACCAUCUUUGACAUCUAACUGGACCAAUGCCAUACCAACAGAUGAUGGUCAUGAUGGGGACAAAGUUUAUAUGUUUAAUGGGGUGGAUAUUGCUGUAGAAGUUCCAAACAAUCAUAUUGAUCACAAACUAAGAAGGCAUUUCACUAUCUCCACAUGGAUGAAACACACUUACCCUAAUACUGUUGUGAGCAGUCAUAAGAAGGGAAACAAAGAACAUUUACUGUGCAUGUCUGAUGGUGAUGGAAUGAAUCGUCACCAUUAUGCCCUAUAUGUUCAUAACACGAAGUUGGUGUUUGUAUUACGGAGAGAGAGCGAGGAUUCCAAAGAUCUUGAAGUGUUUAAGCCUGCUGAAUGGCGCUGGAAUCUUGAUCAGGUCAAUGAUGGAGAAUGGCAUCACUAUGCUAUAAGCAUGGAUUUCCCUGAUUUAAGCUUGUAUGUAGAUGGUCAGUUGGCAGAAACAACCAAUGAAAAUUUUGAGAUAUUAGAUGACUGGCCACUCCAUCCCACUGAUAGGGUACACUUUACUAAACUGGUAGUGGGAGCAUGCUGGAAAGGCCUGGAUGAAGUAUAUGUUGACCAUUUCCAAGGAUUCCUAGCUGGACUGUCCAUAUUAAAGGAUAGGACAGAAAGUGAGAGAGUUAUACAGUGUCUCAACUCAUGUCAAGAAAGUCUAGAUUUCACAGAACUAAAAGAUAUGCCAAGUGGAAGUUCUGUGAGCUUCAAUAAGGACAUGACAGAGUUUAGUAUUACUGGCCAGAAUGCUUCUGAUAUAGAAACCCUAGUACAAAAGUUGGCAUAUGUCAAUUAUAGACCAUUCCCAACACCUGGAAGGAGAAACCUUAAUAUUCGUACCAGUGUACAUUGUGGCCAUACUGAAGAAAUCCUACCUCUCGUUGAAAGUUAUGUGUUUGUACAGCAUUCAGACAAACCAGUUAUCACUAUAGCUGGCAAAGAUGUUAUCACUGGCAGCAAAGAACAACUUGAUGAAGGAAUGGAUAUAUUUAAGGAUUUGAGUAUCCAUGUGGAUUUUAUGUUACCUGUAAAUGAGGAAGAUGAUAGAGAUGAGACUGAAAGUGAAAAUGAUGAUGUUAAUGAUACAUCUGAAAUGAAGAAAGCUAGGCUUCAAUACAAACUUAGUAAAGCUACACUUAUGCAACAAACCAUGGUACAUAAGGAUAAUUCUGAAGAUGUUUUACUUGAUAUGUGUACAAUAAGAGCAGAACCUGUUCUAAAUUUCUACAAUGAACAUCUGGACUUACCAAAGGAUGAAAUAAACAAGUUUAACAUGAAGUUGGAGGGUAUUGAGACCCAAGCUGGACUAGUUAUCAUGGAUGCUGACACAAUAAAGAACUAUGAGAGGGUAAUUAGGAAUAUACGCUAUAUCCACAAUAAAGCAGAGGAGCUGUACAUGAGGAAGUUUGUUAUAAGCUGCUCAUCACAGAGUGCAAGAUUUGUCAGCAAUGAGUUUGAAGUGCUGAUUGCUCCAGUAAAAGAUGUGGAAGAACAUGACACAAUAAUGAAAGCAAAUAUAGCAAACAAUGCCAGACAUCAGAAUGUAUUGACACAUACAUUUCAGCAAAGACAGUUUGAAGGAAAUACCAGUACUAACCUUGGAAUGGUGGCUAUAAUUGUGGUAUGUGUUGGUUUCCUCUUGUUUAUGAUUGUGCUUGGUGUUUUGCGUAUACGUGCUGCUCACAACAGACGUGUGCCAUCCAUGGAUGAACGACCAGAAAUGGAAUGGGACAAUUCAGAACUCAAUAUCACAGUGAAUCCCAUUGAUCAAGAGUUAUUUGAAUAUGAAGAGAAUCCUGGGAAAGUAUCAUUACCUGAUGACAGUGAUACAGAUGAUGAUAUCAGUGAAUGUUUCCAUGAUGAUACAACAGAUGAUGAAGAUUAUGAUGAUGCUAGAAGAGCAAGAAAAACAUUAGAGUGGGAUGAUUCAACACUUUCUUACUGAAAUGUCAUACAAUGAAUCUUAAGUUUUUAUUAAGAUACCUUGUAAUAUAUUUAUUUCUGUUAAAAAGUCAAUCUUUUAAUAACAUUUAAUAUUCCAAAAAUAUACAUGUAUUGUGAGCAGUGUUUCAAAUAAUGUUUGCUAAAUUAUACUUCAUAAUUUUAUCUGAAAAAGAAAAAUAUUGUAACUAUUACUCGAGUCAUACAAGAGAGAAAACAAACAUUAUUUUUUAUUUAAAAGUAUUGUCAUUGCUGUAUCAUGUAAAAGACAUUGUGUCGUUUUUAAAUCCUGAUGAAGGUGUGAAGAUUUAAUAUAAUGUUUAAAACUUGGUUGUAUAUUUACACUAUACUCUAAUGAAAAUAUUACAGUGUGUCUCAAAAUAAAAGAUAGAGAUGGUUAUAGAUCAGGGAUGAACUGGUUCACCUUGUUUUGUUUUGUUUAACACAUAUCUUAUAUCAUCUUGAAUAUUAAUGUUAAGUGUGUUUUUAUGCCACCUGCGAUGCAGUGGCAUAUAGCGAUUCACCUGUGUGUUUGUGUGUUCUAUAGAUUAUGUAGUGAACUUAAAACAUCUUCUUGUGAAAAACCACUUGUCCAAUUUCAACCAGACUUGGCAGGAUUGAUCCUUGGCUUCCUAAGUUGUUCAAAGAAUUUCAUUCCAUGCUGAAAUCUGGUUGCCAUGGCAACCAAAAGGAAUUAUAAGAAUAAAUUUAAAAAAUCUUCUUGUAAAGACCCAAAAGGCCUAGAGCUUAGAUAUUUUGCAUAAGGCAUUGUCUGGUAGACCUCUACCAAGAUUGUUCAAAUUAUUGCCCUGGGGUCAACAUUGGCCCCGCCCCGGCGGUCAUUGAUUUUCACUAUAUGUACAUAUAGUAAAAACUUAAAAUAACUUCUUGUCUGAAGGUAAAAGGCUUAGAGCUUUGAUAUUUGGUAUAUGAUAUCAUCUAUAGGUACUCUACCAAGUUACUACUCUAGCAUCAAAAUUAGCCCCACCCAGGGGAUCAUAGGUUUUCUGUUUAUGUAUAUAGUAAAAACUUAUAGUUAAAAAAUCAUCUUCUCGAAAUUGACAAAGGCUAGAGGUUAGAUAUUUUGCAUGAAACAUGUGUAGUGAACCUCUACCAAGAUUGUUCAAAUUAUAGCCCUGGGGUCAAAAUUGGCCCUGCCUCAGGGGUCAUUGAUUUUCACUAUGUACAUGUACAUAUAGUAAAAAAAUUUAAAAAAUCUUAUUGUCUGAAGGUACAAGGCUAAGAGCUUUGAUAUUUGGUAUAUGAUAUCAUCUACACGUACUCUACCAAAGUUGUUCAAAUUUUGCCUCUAUUGUAUAGUAAAACUUAAAAAAGUCAUCUUCUCUAAAUUGACAAAGGCUUGAGGGUAGAUAUUUUGCAUGAAACAUUGUGUAGUGAACCUCUAGCAAGAUUCUUCAAAUUAUAGCUCUGGGGUCAAAAUUGGCCCCGCCCAAGGGGUCAUUGAUUUUCAGUCACUAUGUUAAUGAGUAAAAAAUUAAAAAAUCUUAUUGUCUGAAGGUACAAGGCUUAGAGCUUUGAUGUUUGCUUUAUAAUAUCAUCCAUAGGUCCUCUACCACAGUUGUCCAAAUUUUGCCCCUGGUGUCAAAAUUGGCUCUGCUCGGGGGCAUUAAUUUUCAUAAUAUACAUAGUAAAAACAGAAACUAAAACAAAUGUUUUCUGAAUUGGUAAAAGCUACAGCUUGGAUAUUUGACAUGAAAUGUUGUUUGGUGGACCUGUAUGAAGAUUGUUUGAAUUAAACCCUUGGGUCAAAAUUUUGCCUUGCCCAAGGGGACAGUGACCUACUUUCUUGUCUUUUGAUGUACAGCCAUGAAAUUUGGACUAUGUGCACAGUUUUAGUUGCAGAAUUGAACUUUGAUAUCAGGUGACCUAGAUUUUGAUGAUGUGACUCUACUCUGACCUUUUAUAUGAAUGACAAUAGAUUUAACCACUAAUCUGAUUAUAAGAAUUAGAUAGGUCAGUGAUCUAAGCAUUAUGGCAAUCUUCAAUUGUGUAGAAACACAAAAAAUUCUGUUCCUACAUUACUAUUUAGUGUUGUAUUUAUGCGGUGGCAGAGCAUUUUUCACAAAUGCAAUCUUGUUUAAUUCUACGUUGCUUUGUUUUGAUAGGGGAAAAAAUGAAAGCAUAUAUACAUAUAUAUAAAUAUUGAAAACUUAAAGAAAGCAUAUAGUAAAUGAUAGCAUUUUUUUCUUCAGAAGAGUGACCUACAUGCUUUCCUCUACUACUUUAACGUGGCCUUCAGCUUUUCUAAAGGUUAAAUGUUAUUUUUAGAAAAAUAUAAUUGUCAGAUGGAAAAUGAAAUUUGCUGUCAAUAAAAUACUUUAUCAAUUAGGAAACCCCUCGAUACCUCAAAUCUAGUGGUCUGCUCUCUGAAUGUAAAUUACUAAAGCGGACGAUUGUUUUCCGGUUCUUCUUUUUUUUUAGAAACAAAUGUUACUGAUAUAUUAUAAAAAGCUCUCGGGGACACUGCUUUAAUGAAGGCUAAACAGUGAUAUGAUUCACUUUUCAGAGAUUAAAAUAUUGAUGUACUUUGAUUUUAACGACACAGAAUUGUUUUUUCAACUGAAAAUAAAAGCUGAAGCAAUUUUGAAUUUAUUUUGUGGGUUUUUAAGAUAAUAAUAACUUCUCGUUAAAAUUUACAUUUAUAGAGUAAACAUCAUUAAUUAGCAUUUUCAGCGCACAUGAGCAUUUUGUGCUCAGAGAUGAACAUUUCUGAUGGCAUGAUGUCAGUCCUGUGUUAUGGGUCAAUAUCCACAGUUUCUGUAAACAACACUGCUAAAUAACAUGGUAGAUUUUAGUCAAGCAUCACAGGAAUAACCAUUAAGAUGCUAAUUACAUAAAUUACUUCAAUGAUUCUAAUCAGAAACUAAAGCUUAAAUAUUUGACCUGUGGCGUCAUUUAGUAUUUCUUUACAAAAGCUGUAUAAAUCUUGUCCCUUGGAUAAAAAAUGGUCCCAUUCUGGGUAUCACUUUAGUUAUUAGGACUUAAAUAGAAGUCUUCUUGACUGGUACUACAAUGCCAAAAGCAUAGGUAUUUAGCAUAUAGCAUUGCCUAUUAAACUUUUAACAAAAGUUACAGGAAUCAUGCCCCUUGGGUAAAAAAUGUUAAAACACAUGAGUUUUAGCCAAAACAAUUUCAUUGUAUCAAAAUAUUUAUUAAAAAGAUGUAUAGUAAAACUGGUUAUUUUGAUAUCCAUUUGAUGUUCUAAUCACUUUAUAAAGUUGAUUGUUGAUGAUAUGAAUUUAUCAGUCACAUAGACUGGCAAAAAUGAUUUUAUUAUAAUGAAUUAAUGUAACCCAGAUUUCAAAAUAUGUCUUGAUCAGAUGGAACAGAAAAUAACCAUUAUCAGUUAUAUAUAUAUCUUGAUGACGUCACAGGGUGAAUUGGAUUUUAAAAAUUGAUGAGUAAACUCCCAGUCAUUUGUUUAUAAGAAGUGAUUUAAAGUUUAUACACUUUCAGAUUUUCAAUUUAUUUAACAAAUGCACAUAUUUGUUUUGUAUCAUAGUUUGGUAUUUGUUGUGCAUGCACAAUAUUUUAAAAUAAGAUGCUUGAAUUGACAAGAGAAAAACAUUUAAGAUCUACUUUGGCACUAUUUUGUGUAUUGCGUAGGUGUUUUGGCAGGUGGCAUUUUCUAGUGGACCUGUAUAAAAAAGAUUUACAAAUCAUGCCACUUUAGUCGUAAACGAUAUUCUCAAAUGUGACCGAGAUUGAAGAAUUAUGAGCAUUUCUUGCAGUAGAUCUCAGGUGAACAAUCUACUACUAUCACUGUUUUCUUUUCAUUAUGUAAUUUUCCUGUUUUUAAGCGGCUAUUGUUUAUCAGUUAGAGUGACAUAUAUAUAUGUUGAAGACAAGUUCUCUUUGUUAAGAUUAUUGAUACAUCCUUCAAAGUGAAUGGAGGAGUUUUAUGUUCUUGUGUUAUUAAAAUGUAAUAUAUACUUGAUGUGUACAGGGAGUACAAGAUUAUAUCACUUAUUUUGAUUAUUUUGUUUUAUAAUGAGUGAUAAGAUCAUGUACUGUCUGUAAGCUAUACAUGUUGUUGGUGCUUUCUGUUACUUUAGCACGUGUUUGUGUUGUGAUCUGACUCAUUCUCAUUUACUGUUGCCAUAAUAAUCAUGAUACACCCUGAAGGUGUCAUAUUUGUUACAUAUUUAGAGAAAAGUAAAACGGUUUUAUUCAUUUAAUCUAAAUGAUUUUACUUGCACAAUGGUAACUUUUAUAUGCUCUAUUUGCAUUUAAUAUGAAUUGUUGUUUGUUUAUUUACUAACCAUUUACAGUAAAAAAUCAGUGUCGGAUAUUUCAUGUUUUAUGAGUUCUCAUACAUUCCUGUAUUUAAACAUACAUUUAGCAUACAUUUUUAGCUCACCUGAACACUACAUGCUUAGAGGUUUUUGUAUGGUAACAUGUCUGUCAUGCAUGGUUAAUUAAGAACCACAAUUUAUAAACAUCAUCUCUAUAACUAUGUGAUAGAUUUUGACCAAAUUUCAAAGGAAUGAUCCUUAGCCCUUUACAAAAGUUGUAGAAAUGGUUCAGAUCUGAUAUGUAAUGUCUAGAAGCACAAAAUUAAAUUGACCUCUGUAAUGAAAUUUUGAAAAAUCUUCAUUUAGUUCACAUGGACUUGAAUAGGAAAUAAUUCUUCUGGAGCAAAAUGUGUCCCUGUUCAUCAAUUUUUUAUUUAUAUCAUAGAAUGCAUUGUGAAGCUUAUAUUCUAUGAGUUGUGCUGAACAAUAUUAAGGCAAAUUCAUUUUUUUGUAUGUACGAGAAAUUUUAGAUUUUUAAAGUAAAGUUUUAAAUUAAUAUUUGUACACAAUGUAUAUAAUUGUAGCAUAAUAGGUUUAAGUUAAUGCAAUGAUUAAUAUAAAUACUUGUGAGCUUGUAUUAUUAAUAAAUUUGUUCCUUUUCCAGAUUUUCCAGAAUUUAAAAAUUCAAACAUUCCAGUUUUUCUAGAAAAAAGGUCAAUGGUAUAAUAUAUAUUACUGUUUUCACAUUUCAAAUUGUAUAAAGAUUUUAAUAUGUUAAAUAUGUUAGCUAUUUUGCCCUUAGUAUUGAUUAUAUAUCUGUUAUUCCUUGAAUAUGUUUAAAAUUGUUUUUUAGCUCAACCUGAGCACACAGUGAGUAGAGGGGUAGUGUGUUCAUCAUUUCUGGCUCUCCACAAUUUCUUUAAAAAACAUCACCUAAACCACAAGGUGGAUUUUGACCAACUUCUCAGUAAUGAUCCCUAGGUUGCCAUUUUCAAAAAGUUAUGUAAAUGGUUUGAGUCUGAUGCAUAAGUGGGUCACAAGACUAAAAAAAUGAAAUCUUUUUUUAACCAGGUUUUCAACGAAAACCUGGUUAUUGUAGUGCCGAAGUCGGCGGGCGGGCAGGAGGGUGGGCGGGCAGGCGUCAACUUUUGGUUUCCGCUCAAUAACUAUAGUUUGCUUUGGCCUAUUGACACCAAACUUGGUGUGUAGGUAGCUUAUAACAAGAGGCAGCUUGGGUUUGCUACCCAGGUGUCUGUGAUCAAGGUCAAGGUCACUGUUACUAAAAAUAGAAAUUCAGUUUCCGCUCAAUAACUCGAGUUUGCUUUGGCCUAUUGACACUAAACUUCACCAAACUUGGUGUAUGGAAAGCUUAUAUUAAGAGGCAGCUUGGGAUUGCUACCCAGGUGUCUAUGAUCAAGGUCAAGGUCACUGUAACUAAAAAUAGAAAUUCAGUUUCCGCUCAAUAACUUGAGUUUGCUUUGGCUUAUUGAAACCAAACUUGGUGUAUGGAUAGCUUAUAUCAAGAGGCAGCUUGGGAUUGCUACCCAGAUGUCUGUGAUCAAGGUCAAGGUCACUGUUACUAAAAAUAGAAAUUCAGUUUCCGCUCAAUAACUUGAGUUUGCUUUGACCUUUUGACACCAAACUUGCUGAGUGGCAGCUUUGGAUUGCCACUUAGAUAUCUGGGAGCAAGUUCAAGGUCAUGUUUUUACCAUAGAAUUUUCAGCUUCUACUUCAGUGCACUUUGACCUAUUGAUUGCUGUCACAUCAAAACUUGGUCGUUGAAAACCUGGUUUUCAUCGCAAUGUGGCGUUUCUUGUUGUUAAACUACAAUGCUUAGAUUUUUGAAUAUUUUUGCAUGUAUUAUCACCAUGUGGUUCUCCAUAAAGUAAUACAAAAUCUUGCCCCUGGGGUAAAAUUGGCACAGUUCCAACGUCAAGUUACACAUUUUUUUUUUUACUUGAUAUAGACUUACAUGUAUAAUUGAAAAUAUAUAUAAGUCAGUCUUGUGUUUAGCGAUAAUGAUUUGACCUGAAGAAUUGCCUAAUGGACAAAGGUUUAUAAAUCAAGCCCCAGGCCCCGUCUUCACUAAGAAAAGAUCAGGAUCAGGAUCAAGUGAUCCUGACUUAAUUUUCAAAACUGAUUUUUUGGGGUUAUUGCUUAGUUUAUGUAGACUGAAAUAGAAACAUAUAAAUCUUCUUGUGAAAAUACUUUAGAUACUUGUCAUGUAGCUUUUCCAAGCAGAUGCCUACAAAUAUUUUAUGUAGGUAUACAGCUGGGGUUAUAAAUGACACACAAAACUUGACUUCUGUAUUGAAGAGUUUUGACCUUUUCUAAUAAUGUGUGUCUCAGGUGAGCAAUACAGAUACAUCAUGGCAUUCUUGUUAUUUUUGCCUUUUAUUUUUAUCAUAGCUUGUCAUUUUCUCUUUUUAAGUAUGUGUAUGUUUGAAUAUAUAUUUAUUCUCACUUGAAGAAAAGUUCACACUGACCUUUUAGUCUGAUAUCCACAUAGAUCACUUUCGCAUAUUUAUACAGUUUGAUCUUUGCAUGCUUGUAUUUUUUAUUCCUCUGCCAUAAUAAUGUCAAGGGGGCAUAUAGUAUUACCCCUGUACAUCCGCAGGUGGGUGUGGUUGAAAACAUUGUCAAGCCCAUAACUCUGUCAUGCAUUAAGGGUUUUUUGAUAGAACUAAGCACAAAUGAGAAGCAUGAUAAGAUGGUUUGUCAUGCUCAUGGCUCAGAGGUCAAGGUCACACUGAAAGGUUAAAGGUCAGCAAUUAGAAAAUCUUGUCCACCCAUUAACUCUUAUCAUGCAUAAAGGGAUUUUGAAAUUACUUGGCAGAAAUGUGAAGCAUGAUGAAAUGGUGUGUCAUGUGCAAGACUUAGACCCUAUGCUCCAAGGUCAAUGUCACAUAUAGAGGUCAAAAGUUAGCAGUUAGAAAAUCUUGUCCUAUUCAUAACUCUGGGAUUUUACAUAUGCAGGCUUCAUAACCUCUGAUCCCCUUUCAAAAUUCCUUUUUAUUCAGUUUUGCCCAUUGUUUUAUUGUUUAGGGUCACACAAAGUUUUUAUUUGGAGACGAUAUGCGCCUUUCCAUGGAAUGGAACUAUGUGAAAGUAAGUUGGAAAAGUGUUUAUAUUAGGAUAAUGAGUCCUUGAUAUCCUAUUACUUCUGAUGGACAAUGCCACACUUUUACAAUAAAAAUAAUUGUUACAUAUGUUAAAAUCUGUUAAACCUUUAUUUUUCAAGUUUUAUGCCAUAGUGAAGACUAAACUGAGAAAUUAACAUUAAGGCCUUGCGAAUAUUAAAUGAAACAAACUAUUUUUAUCAACAGUCAUGAGUCUGUCCUCUUAUUUUAAAGGUCUUUUAUUGCAAAAAAAAAUGUAUUCAGUUUCGCCCAUCACUUUAUCAUUUAGAGCACUCGCAUUCUUUUACUUGGUGACCAUAUGCCGCUAUUUUUAGAAAUCUGUUUGAGUGAAAAUUCUGCCCUGGAUUUCCAUUUCAGGGUGAUUUUUUUUCUGACUCUGGUAAACAUUUCAUGGAAUCCACCCUGAAAACACUAUAUAUAAUUGUAUACUAGGAUAUCUAAAAAUAGAUUUCUGUCUUCUCUGUAGUCAACUGAAUAGCCUAAAAAUCUGGCUGGGAAUAAAUUUCUUAUCCUAUGUCAAAUCAGGGUGUAGUAAGGGUAUUAUCAUAUUAUCAUACCAGAGGGAGAGGGGAAGUGAGAGCAUGGGAUAAGUAAUGCAGGGGUGACUGGUUUGAUCCUCAUGUGAGGUGUUAACUUCAUGCGACAGUUGAUCUCCAACAUUGAAUCUAAUGUUCAGAUGUCUCUCACAAAUGAUUCAAAAAUCUUUAGGGAUCAGAAGUCAGUCAAUUACUGAGAAAUUGGAGAUUAUCCAGGAAAGGUUGAAAUAUAGAUACAUGACCUUCAAGUUUCUUCUAGCAAAAGAAGUUGUUAUUGAUUCUGUCUAAGUUACACACCUUUGUAAACACCUUUCCAUAACUGAAUGUGUAAACAGUCUAGCGACAAGAAUCAGUACCAGGGGUAUGUGUAUUUACAAAACAUACAUGGUUACUCAAAUUUUCAUAUGUAAACUUACUGUUUUGUAACAUUUAUUCUUGUGAUCUAUUAAGGGCCAUUAUGGCAAUUUUGUAUCAUGUAUGAUGUUGUUUUUGUUGUUGAUAAAAAAUCUUUACAAAAUAUUUGCAGUCUUAUUUCUUUUUUAUAAAAAAAAAAACAGCUUGAAAAGUAUAUCAGGGAAACAGGUAAAUUUGUUUAGUUUGUAAAAGCUCAUCAUGCCGGGGAAAGUCAGUCAUUUUUUAUUUAUUUAUUGCAGUAGCUAUAGGGAAUUAUUUAACAUAGCCCUUACAUAUUGUUGUUAAAUAAUCAAUUACAAAAAGAACUGAAAAUGAUAAUGGUAAUUAUUUAAUCUUCAUGUUUAUUACUCUGGAAAAAAAUCAGUAUACUAGAUUCAACAAUAUUAUCUACUUUAAUUGUUUUAUGUUUAAAAGAAGUUUGCUACAUUUAUUAGCUUGUAGUUUACCUUUCAUUCUAUUUUAUCCUUAUCAGUGCAUGCUUUUCUUUUGAUUUUUAUACUAAACUUAAAACAGCUUUGAAUGUAAUAGGGAUAGUUUCUGUUUAGUUAUUUGCCAUUUUUCACAGGAUUCCAUUCAUGGUUCAUGUUUGUUGAAUAAUAAGAAAUCUGAAAACAUUUAAACAUAUACGUUACUAACUUACUGAGGUAACAAAGAUAGUAUGAAAAAUAUAAAACAAUAUAAAUAUCAUAUCAUAUAUAGAAAGUCAAUUUAUCUUUACUUCUUGAUGGUACUUUUAUUGUUUUAGUUUAAUAUUCUCUCUGUCAAUAAAACAUUCAGUCAGUAUAAA